AUGGUCAACACGUUGUUUCCAUUGCCCGCGCUCAGCUACUCUUUCCAAUCAUUUGUCCAGAGACAUUCGUUAAGGGGACGAGAUGCCGAUGCUGAAGAUAGCGGGAUAGAUGGUAUGCUCGAUGACCCGAACAACAACCCAGAGGGUCCCAGUUCUGGGUUUGCUCUUCAGGAUUUUCCCGAAAAUGCAACAAUAACGAAGAAGAACGAGCCCUUCGAAGUCGACAAUGGGUCCCAUCGGCUGCACAACGUUGUAUCGCAUGAGCUUACCGAAAGAGAUAUCCAACUUUACGAUAUCGACAGCGAUUUCCCAGAUGGUGGAUGGCAAGCUUACCUUGUAGUAUUUGGCUCCUUCAUGGGACUGAUUCCAGUCUUUGGUACUAUCAACUCACUAGGUGCUAUCGAAUCGUACGUGUCAAAGCAUCAAUUGGCCACAGUCAGCUCCUCGACGAUCUCUUGGAUCUUUUCACUGUACCUGGCAAUAAGUUUCAUCAGUUGCAUAUUUGCGGGUAGUUAUUUCGAUAGAAACGGUAGCAGAGGUCCCAUGAUUGGGGGGUCUCUUCUGUACGUUGCUGGUAUCGUCGCACUGGCUGACUGCCAUACAGUUUGGCAGUUUAUCCUGGCGUUUUCUAUUUUGUCUGGGACAGGGACAGGACUGCUAAUGACACCUUUAGUCAGUGUGUUGGCGACUUGGUUUUUCAGAAAGAGGGCCACUGCUACUAGUAUCGCUACUAUAGGUGGGUCUGUCGGUGGUAUAAUGUUCCCACCAAUACUACGGAAACUGUACGAAGAGGUGGGUUUUGUAUGGGCCAUCAGAAUAUUUGCCCUAAUCUGCUUUAUUUGUUUGGCUCUCGCCACGCUGUUGGCGAAGGAGAGAGAUAAACCAGUAUCCGAGCCAUUCAAAUCUAAAGGGGAGAUCAUCAAAUGGUAUAUUCAAUCGUCGUUCAAUUGGAGAUACCUUUUAGAUUGGAAGUUUCUGUUUUGUGCCCUAGGAUCCUCUCUAUCAGAGGCAUCGUUGACCUCCUCCUCAACGUACCUGGCAGGGUAUUCCAUGUCUGUGGGGAACUCUGAAACAGUUUCCUAUAACUUGAUCACGGCAUCAAACGCUGUUGGCAUACUGGGAAGGUACAUCCCCGGUUACCUAGCCGAUAAGUGGGUUGGCCGCUUUAACAUUAUGAUCAUUACUGUUUGGAUGGCUACAAUAUUCAAUUUUGUAAUGUGGCUACCCUUUGGAACUAACAGGAGUGUCCUUUGGGCCUACGUUUGUCUAUACGGGUUCUCUACGGGGACCGUUCUGUCGCUAACUCCAGUUUGUUUGGGUCAAAUCUCCAGGACAGAAGAUUUCGGGAAAAGAUACGCUACGUGUUAUUUCCUGGAGGCGCUAAUAACCAUACCAAUUAUGCCCAUUGGUGGUGCCCUUAUUGGGAAGGGCACCCUAUCCAACUACAAUAAUCUGAUCAUAUUUAACUCGGCCAUUAUGGGGGUCGGUGCGGUAUGUUUCAUGAUAUCAAGGUACAUUUGUGUUGGUAAAAAAAUGUGCAAAUUCUAA